AUGACAGAUUCUUAUUUACCAGCCUCCUCAGGAAACCUGAGCAGCAUAGCCUCCUCAGCCAGUGCUUGGGACAUCACUGGUAGUGGUCCAUGGCUCUUAGCGUUCAUGCUAACCAUUAUUAUUCUGAUGACUGCUUGUGGAAACAUGCUGCUCAUUGCUUUAGUAUUUGCCCACCGCUCUUUGCGCUGCACCUCCAACUGUUUCUUAGUAUCUCUGUUCUUCUCUGACCUCAUGGUGGCGCUAGUAGUGAUGCCCCCAGCCAUGUUAAAUGUUCUGUGUGGAGCAUGGGUCCUGUGGCCUGCUUUUUGCCCCAUUUGGCUUUGUUUUGAUGUCAUGUGUUGUAGUGCAUCCAUUUUGAACUUAUGUGUGAUAAGUCUGGACAGAUACAUCUUCAUCAUCUCUCCAUUGCGAUACAAGCAAAGGAUGACCCCACCUCGAGCAUUACUUUUAGUAGCAGCAGCCUGGGGGUUAGCGGCUUUAGCUUCUUUCCUUCCUAUUGAACUAAAAUGGCACAGUUUAGGUCACUGGAGUGGACCCUCACAAAGCAAUCUGAGCUACUCGGAUAACCCUUACCCAGAGUCCUACUUUCAGCUGUCACCAGGGGGACUUUCAUUUCAGUGCCGCCUGAGAGUGACCCUCCCUUUUGCCCUGGUAGCUUCAGUACUAACUUUCUUUUUGCCCUCAAGUGCCAUUUGCUUUACAUACUGUCGGAUACUUCUGGCAGCAAGAAGGCAGGCAAAGAGAGUGGCCGCCCUGAGCCACCCACCCCACCCACACGCCUCUCUAGGGGAGCCCUCAAGACCACCUUCACCCGGGGCCAUGGCUGGAAACCCAGACGGAGAUGAUUGCAGUCACCACGAGCCUUUGGUGGCACCACACGCACCGCACUCAGUCAACAGUGAGCGGCGCCUAGCCCAUCGUCAGGGUCGACGGGCGCUCAAGGCCAGUCUCACACUGGGGGUGCUCCUGGGGCUCUUCUUUAGCACGUGGCUCCCUUUCUUCAUCACCAACAUGGCCCAGGCUGUGUGUGAGUGCGUCCCAGUGGCCUUGUUUGACGCCAUUACCUGGCUGGGCUACUGCAACAGCACUAUGAACCCCAUCAUCUACCCUCUGUUCAUGAGGGACUUUAAACGUGCUCUGGGGAAGCUUUUACCUUGCUGCUCUUCUCGCUCACCUCGGAGACCAUCACCUGCGUUGUCUCUCUCUCUCCGAAACUCCGGAGAGCCCAACAUGGUCAGCAGCCCCCCCUCUCCUCUGCCCUCCGAUCCCAUGCACCCUCCAGCCACUGCCACAGAUGCCGUCAACCUGCUGGAUGCACACGCUGGCAUCGAGCUACCUCUGCUCCUGCCAAACCAAGUGGACACACUGGACUAAAGUGAGAGAGCAAAAGAAUAAAUUAGAAGA